GCGCGCAACGUGUUUUAGUUGCGUUCAAACGCUUUAGUCUGUAAGUAACCAAGCCAAAAGCUAACGCAGCGAUCAAGUGAACAGACAGAAAACGAAUCAACGCCGAUCGCAACUCGGAAACGGAGCAACGAUCGAGGCUCUGGACAGCACGAAGGUUGAGUGGCAAAUGCGAACCACUUUUCGAAUCGGACAGCCCGAGACUGUCCGAGCACCUAAAUAAAAGUGAGAGUGAGCUGCUCUCACAACAACAAUUAAAGUAGCAAAAAUAGCAACAACAAUACGGAAAGAAAGUAAACGUAACAAAGCAAGACAAGAUCGCUCGAUUACCUAAUCCGGAUACCCAGCUGAAGCUAAAGCUGGAGCCGCAGAUUAAUGGCCUGGCCUGGCUCUCUAUUCCACAGCGCCAUGAAAUUUAGGAGGAGAAAACAGAAGCAUUGAAACAAAAGACAAGAAAACAUUUCUUACCCAGACUGAGAUCGACUUUGAUAUCGAGAUCGAGAUCGACCCGCUGUGAACUCAUUUUCAUAAUUUAACUGCAAGAUUUGUCGCCUAACAUCUGAAUACGCAUUGAUAAUUUAGAAAGCGAUAGAUCGCAGCUCCAUUGAAGCCAUACCGAUCUUGUCCAGCAUCUUCAGCUCGAUUGCCCCUUUGGCUUUCUCUAACGAGGUGUCAGUCGUGUCUGUAUCGUCGUCGCGCCCGCGAUCUUCAGCUUGAGCUGCGCUCUUGAAGUGCACUUGUAAUAUUUAUUUUUAUUACGGUCAAAAUAAACCAAUGAUUAUAAUGAUACGCCUGACGCUCUUCACCGUGCUCUUAUCACUGGCCAGUGUUGAUUCCGGCAACAACAACAAUAACAACAACAGUCCCCCCCUCACAGUGUCUGUGCGGAAUGUGCCACACGGCUUUCAUGUGGCACGCAACAACAGCAUCUCCAGCAACUCCAAGCGAACAAAUGUUCCCGUUGCACCACAACCACAAAGUGUUAUUGCGGAGGUGGUGGCAAAAGAGAAGGAGGCACAAACAGCUGGCCGCGACAAAAGAGCCAGCAGCAGAGGAAGCAGAGGGAGCAGAGACAGCACACCAAGUGGCGACUUCCAGCUGGAUCAGAGUGAACUGGCGCGACAGAAUCAAAUAACGCAACAGAUAUUUGCCAAUUAUUUGGAGCGACGUUUGUUUCCCAAUCGCAGUGUGAGCCAGAAAAUUCCCACAAUAGCGGAUAUACUGCCCAAGCCAAAGCCCUCGGGACGUCCACGUCCACGUGGUUUCUCUGCGAGCAGCGACGGCUUUAAAAAAAGUGGAGGAGGAUCAAUACGCAAUCGUCUGGCGGCUGCAUCAGCCAAACGACAGACGAGCAGCUCCAAAAGGCAGCAAGUGCAAUACGAAGAAGAGGAGGAAGAUCUGAAUCUGGCGGAGGAUCAGCAGUCCCAAGCCAAUGAGAAUCCGCAGGAUGAAUUCGAUGAUGAUGUCCAGGAGUCACUGCAGAGUGUAGAAUCAGAGCAACAUGAUCAGUACUAUGGCGAUAUAUUUCAUCGUGAUCCCAGCGAAAAUGAGAUCGAUAGUGACUGCCCGAACUGCGUGGACGAGUCACAGUAUAUGCCGAAUAAAUGGACGAUGCCGCUGCUGAAGCUGGGCGAGAAGCGUUAUUAUCUCGGCAUCUUCUUCAAGGCAAAUUGGUUCAAAGCCACGCAAUACUGUCGCUACCAUGGCAUGCACUUGGCUAGCAUUUCAUCACAGGAAGAGAACGAUAGACUGGAGAAACACAUACGCGACUUUGGUUUAGGUCACGAGCAUUUCUGGAUAUCCGGCACAGAUCUGGCCGAUGAGGGCAAUUACUUUUGGAUGGCCACUGGACGACCGAUAACAUUCACCAACUGGAAUGCCGGCGAGCCCAACAAUUUCCGCUAUGAGAACGGCGAGGAAGAGAACUGUCUCGAGCUGUGGAAUCGCGAUGGCAAAGGACUCAAAUGGAAUGAUUCACCCUGCAGUUUUGAGACCUACUUCGUCUGCGAGGUGCAGCCCGUCUGAAGCAGCUUCUUAUGAUAUACUCGUACGACUAUGCAGCUAAAUCAGACAUAUAUCUAUUUAUAUAUGUAUGUGUAUACUUAGUUAUUAAGCAUACGACCUGCGGCACAGAAAGCAAAGAGCAUAAAGUAGAUGAGCAUAAAUUUACAAGUAGUUAUUAUAAGCAUAUAGUUUACUAGUUGAUAGGAUUGACAAUUUGCUGUGCUGUGCUGUGUUGUGUUCGUAUGUGCUAAUUUAACAUUUCAUGCGAAUCCAAAAUUUCAAAAGAACAUCAAUCAAAAUUAUCUUUAUAAUCGUUAUAUGUAUCAUUUAACAAAUUGGUUAAGUCUUUUGAUGAUGCUUAGCUAGUAAAGUAAUUAAUUUAUAUGCUCGUGUAAAUCGUACUUAGACACUUGUAUCUUCUCAUGUAAAAAAUAAAAAAAAAUAAAAUAUACACACGAAAAAAUUUAAAUAA